AUGGUCCCAACACUCAUGGAAGGUCCAAACAUAGUCAGCGACGCUAAAGAGAAAGCUGAAGUACUGAAUGAUUAUUUUUGUAGUCAGAGUACCAUUGAAGAUGGUGCUACGACUAUUCCUAAUGAUAUUAUAUCUUUCCAGUCUUCUGUCAUUUUGUCAAACGUGAUUGCUACUGAAUGUGAAAUAAAUAGCCCCUUACGUGGAGUAGAUAUUAGUAAAGCCUGUGGUCCAGAUGGGAUAAGCAAUAAAAUUAUUAAGAUUUGUGCAGAUG